CUCUCUGUUUACUGUCCAAAGUCCCGGGCACUGGGGAUGCCAGGUUCUGAGUGUUGGGACACACAGACACGCAGACACGCAGUGCUCGGGGCCCUCAUAUGGACCCUGCUCCGUCCCCUCCCAUCGUCCAGGGCUGUCCGUGCACCCCAAGGCUCCAGGCUCUAGCUCCCUUCUUAGCCUAGGACCUGCACGACCAGGAGCCAACCUCAAGACUGUCAGCAAGUCCAGCCAGCCCUACCAUGACAAAUGACUAUCAAGAUCUUCAGCAUCUGGACAGCGAGGACAAUGACCAUCAGCUCCGACAAGGUAAGGGGACACCUCCUUCCAGUUCUGAAAGAGUGUGUGUGAGCAGGAGUGCCGGGGUCCCUGGGACCGUUGGGUCCAGCGGUCAGACUUCUGUGAGGAGGCUGCGGGACCAAGUACCCAAGGGUGUGCCACGGCCCCCGCAGCCGCUGUUCCGGAGGUUCUGCUCGGGACCCUGCCUCCUCCUGCUCUCCCUGGGCCUCGGCCUCCUGCUGCUGGUGGUCGUCUGUGUCAUCGGAUCCCAGAACUCCAAGUUGCGGGGGGAGCUGCAGGCCCUGAGAGAGACGUUCAGCAACUUCACUGCGACCACGGAGGUCGAGGUCAAGGCCUUGAGCAGCCAGGGAGGAAAUGUGGGCAGGAAGAUGAAAUCGCUCGAGUCCCAGCUGGAGAAGCAGCAGCAGGAUCUGAGCGAAGACCACUCGGGCCUCCUGUUCCACGUGAAGCAGUUCGUGUCGGACCUGCGCAGCCUGAGCUGUCAGAUGGCGGUCCUGCAGGGCAAUGGCUCGGCGAGGACCUGCUGCCCAGUCAACUGGCUGGAGUACGAGGGCAGCUGCUACUGGUUCUCCCGCUCCGGGAAGCCCUGGCCGGACGCGGACCGGUACUGCCAGUUGGAGAGCGCGCACCUGGUGGUCGUCAACUCCCGGGAGGAGCAGAAGUUUGUCCAGCACCACAUGGGGCCGGUGAACACCUGGAUGGGCCUCACGGACCAGAGCGGGCUCUGGAAGUGGGUGGACGGGACGGACUACGAGACCGGCUUCAAGAACUGGAGGCCGGAGCAGCCGGACGACUGGUACGGGCACGGGCUUGGGGGAGGCGAGGACUGCGCACACUUCACCGACGACGGCCGCUGGAACGACGACGUGUGCCAGAGGCCCUACCGCUGGGUGUGCGAGACGCCUCGCGAGCCGGCCAGCUAGGAGCCUCCCCUCCCCUAAUUUAUUUCCUCAAUGCCUCAGCCGGCCGCGUGACCCUCCCGUGCGGGGCCUCCUCCACCGCCUGGUGGGGAGGCGAUCUAGGGUUGCAAGGGAAGGGGAAAGACGACAUCCGAGGACCGUGCAGUCACCUUUGGAGGGGCGGGGAGAUGGAAACCCUGUCACCAGCGGCAGCCUGCUGGGUGUGGCCAAACCUUUUUUAGAGUAAAAAGAACAGAAAUAUUCUAAACGCG